AUGUAUCGUGUCACCAAAGCACGCGCGGCAACGCUGCAUCUGCCUCAUGGCCCUGUACCCCUCCCCAUCUUCAUGCCCGUUGCGACGCAGGCCUCGCUCAAAGGCCUCACGCCCGACCAACUCGAAGACCAGGGCUGCCGACUAUGUCUAAACAACACAUAUCACCUAGGCCUUAAGCCAGGACAAGCGACACUCGAUGCCAUAGGCGGCGCGCAUAAGCUCCAGUCCUGGCCACACAAUAUCCUCACAGAUAGUGGUGGUUUCCAGAUGGUAUCGCUCCUCAAACUCGCCAAAGUCACCGAAGAAGGUGUCCGUUUCCUCAGCCCCCACGAUGGGUCGCCCAUGCUGCUCACACCCGAGCACUCCAUCUCCCUCCAGAACUCAAUCGGCUCCGACAUAAUCAUGCAACUCGACGACGUUAUCGCAACCACCUCGCCCGACCACGCGCGUAUGAAGGAAGCCAUGGAACGCUCGGUACGCUGGCUUGACCGCUGCAUGCAAGCGCAUAAGUACCCAGACCGACAGAACCUUUUCUGUAUCAUACAAGGUGGCCUGGACCUGGACAUGCGGAAAGAAUGUACCGCCGAGAUGGUUGCGCGAGAUACACCAGGCAUCGCGAUAGGAGGUCUCUCUGGCGGUGAGGAGAAGGCAGCCUAUUGCGAAGUCGUGAAGACAUGUACCGACCUGCUUCCUGAGAAGAAGCCGCGAUAUGUCAUGGGCGUCGGAUAUCCGGAAGAUCUGGUCGUCUCCGUCGCACUCGGCGCCGACAUGUUCGACUGUGUCUGGCCAACACGAACCGCCCGAUUCGGCAACGCCAUCACAUCCCGCGGCUCCCUCAACCUACGCAAUGCCAUGUACUCCGAAGACUUUAGCGCAAUCGAAGAAGGUUGCCGAUGCACCUGCUGCCGUCCGACAUCCGAUGGCGGACUGGGUAUCACUCGAGCCUACAUAUACCACGUCACCGCGAAAGAGACUGCUGGUGCCCACCUUCUCACCAUGCACAACGUCUACUACCAAUUAAAUUUGAUGAGGGAAGCGAGGGAGGCCAUCGUGCAGGAUCGCUACCCACAAUUUGUCAAGGACUUCUUUGGUGAUCUGUACAACAGGGAAAAGGAUAAGUAUCCUGUAUGGGCGGUCGACGCGCUGAAAAGCGUUGGUGUAGACCUGCUUGCCGAGUAG